GCUCCCGCGGCUAAUCCAGCGUGCUCGCGCGGCUCGUCCAUGUAGUGGGUACGGCGCUGGCUGGCAGUGGACGUCUCGGUGUAAGGAGAGUAUCCCGGACCUACCUACCCCUGGCUUUGAGAUGGGUUGUUGCUUUUCCAAACAAGCUAAGCGGAAGGAAAGCUCUAAGGAGCCUGCAGGCGGAGAGCAGCUUCAGCAAGUGGAUGGAGGGGAGAGCAAGCAGUACAGCUGGGACAAGAGGGAGAAGGUGGACCCAAAGGACUACAUGUUCAAUGGCCUCAAAGAUGAAACGGUAGGACGGCUGCCGGAUAAAGUUGCAGGCCAACAAUUUGUCAUCCAGGAAUGUGAGAACUGUAACAUCUAUAUUUUUGACCACUCCGCUACCAUCACCAUUGAUGACUGUACAAACUGCCGCAUCUUCUUAGGGCCUAUUAAAGGCAGCGUGUUCUUCCGGGACUGUAAGGACUGUAAAUGUAUCGUGGCCUGCCAGCAGUUUCGCACAAGGGACUGCAGGAAAAUGGACAUAUUCUUGAGCUGUACUACUCAGCCCAUCAUAGAAUCCUCCACUGGCAUGAAGUUUGGAUGUUUCCAGUUCUAUUAUCCAGAACUGGCCGCACAGUUCAAGGAUGCUGGGUUGAGCAUCUUCAACAACACAUGGAGCAACAUCCAUGAUUUCACCCCAGUGUCUGGAGAGACCAACUGGAGUCUUCUUCACAGUGAUUGUAAAAUCCAGGAUUAUGUCCCGCUACCCGACAAUGAGGAACUGAAAGCUGUACGUGUUUCGAUGGAUGUUACUAGGAGCAUAGUUCCCGUCACGUGGGGACAGAGACAGAAGAAAAGCGAUGAGUCCUGCUUGGUGGUUUUCUUUGCUGGAGAUUAUACCAUAGCAAAUGCCAGAAAGAUGAUUGAUGAGAUGAUCGCCAAGGGUUUAUCGCUCAUUCAGACUAAAGAAGUUCCAAUGAAACCAGAAGACGCAAAAAGAGUGUUUAAAGAACGAGCCACCGAGUUUUUGCCUCUAUUGGAAAAUGGGUCAGUUGUUGCUUUGGAGUUUAAUGGAGAUGGAGCUGUACAGACCUGCCAGGAGGCCAUUGCCAGCAUUUUUAGUGGUACAAAGGUGUUUGUUUCAGAAAGCAAGACCUCCUCUUCACAUGAUGUGGACAACUUUUACAACUUUGCUGAUAUACAGAUGGGAGUGUAGAGUUGCUGUAAUUGUGGCAACUGGUCCCAAAAUGGAUUACUGUGAAGCUCCAUAACGCAUCUUAAACUCAAUCAUGUGUACACUUUGAUUUAGGCAGAUAAAGAAUGGUACGGGGGUGGAUAAAGUUCUCUCUACCACAGCAUAAAGGCCGACGGAUAUACUGUGAACUGUACCAAGAAUGAACACGUUUGACAAAAUGGAUUGGAUCAAAGACAUCAAAGUGUUUUACACCAUGGAAGAUGUGAUUUGGAUUUUUCUUUCAUAUAGUUGCCAAUAGUCUGAUGAUAAAAGAAGGAAUGAAGAGCGUUGUUCUUGGCAAGUAUUGUUCGGAUUCCCCCUGAAAGAAAAUUUCUACAAGACUAGGCUUGUAAUAUGUUAGUGUUGAGCUUGGCGGUCACCUACAGUUCACAAUUGAUUGACUGAUGUGCGUGUAGAUGGCACAUCAUUCUUCUGAUCCAGAAGCGGUGGAGAGUUUUUUUUGUUUUUUUGUUCCACCAUGCCCAACCCACUGACCAUGGGUUACCAGUCUCUGAAAAGCCCUUCAAAAAUAAAUUUGCAUUCCAGGUGGUUGUACACCUCCGAUUUACAUGUGAUGUAAUGUUUGUAAUAUUUUUAUUUUAUUUUGCACACAUACAAUUACAUUUUAAUACAAUUUGUAAAAUGCACUCAAAUUGAUUUUAUACUGUGAAAGCAGAAUGUUUGUAGGCAGAACUUUUGUAAGUUGUCGUUUUUUAUUUUUAUUUUUUUGUUUACAUGUGAAUACUAGUGACUGCUACUUAAAAUCAUGCCCAUUGAAAAUUGGCAGUGAAGUAUGAAACUCUUUUGCCUGUAAAAACAAUAGCUUUAUCACCUUGAAUAUCAGGACUUAUUUGCACUCUCAUCAAAGGUCUUUGUUCCCUGCUGAAGGGUUGUGCAGGAUGGCAAAAUCAUGGCUAUUUCAGUCGACAGAUUGAGUGUGGUAUUGUAACUUGGCCCGAUUCGCUUUGAAGGAGCCAAGUUAAGUACGCCACUGUUUCUGGAAGAAACCGUCUGUGUCUGAACGGAAUUUUACAUUAUUAAAACAAUCUUAUUAACUGCAAGUGGUGUUUUAGGGCACUUUCAAAGUCUUUGCUGUGUUUAGUUUUUCUUAGGUUUUUUUUUUUUCUUGUGGGGGGGUAGAGAGGCUAGAGCUAAAAUACUGUGGCCACAUUUUUCCUGUGAGUGGAAUAUGAAAAUGUCUACUCAAAGCAUGUCUGGGUCUGACGCAGAUUUAAAAAAAUAUUGUAUCCCAUGUAAAUUGAGAAAAAGGAAUAUGGAAGAAAAGAUGGAUAGUUCUUUAUGAGAACCCUAAGACAAUCAGAUUUCAACUUUCCACAGAAAUGCAUGCCUCUUGCCACAGGUUUUGAUGACUCUCAGUACUGAGUUGUCAAAGCCAUUAGGCUUUAGUCAUACUUGGUGGUUUUCUGGGACCCCCAAAAAAUGAGAGCUGGAAGAAAAGUUGGGAGAAAAAAAUACUUUUUUAAUUGCCUGGUGUUCAAGUAAUGCCACUUUACUAGUCUGUUUUUUGUGCUGUAGUGACGAGUUCAUCAACUAGUCCAUGUGACUGCUCCAACUUGGUACUUGGGUACAAUAUUGGGGUAGCAAGAGCCGCACUGCAGCAACGACCUGGCCAGCUCCUCCAGGUGAUCACUGAGGCUAGUGAAUGACUACAGCAGGCAUGUCCAAACUGCGGCCCUCUAGCUGUUCCAAUACUACAACUCCCAGCAUGCCUGGAUAGCUUACAUCUAUGAGGGCAUGCUGGGAGUUGUAGUUUUGCAACAGCUGGAGGGCCGCAGUUUGGACAUGCCUGGCCUACAGUGAUCAUGUGUAGUAGUCUGUCAUGUGGGGGGUUGAGCAGGUGAGUACAGCUUUUUUUCUGUAAAGGUCAUUUCUGGCCUUCGUCAAUUUUUUGAGGGGACUAGAAGGUCCCUUUAACUUUUUUUUGUUUUUUUGUUUUUGUAUGCCUUAUGCAUACAUGUUUGUGAAUUUGGAUUUUGGCCCAGGGUUAUGUCUCUGCUGCACUUACAGCAACAAGUAUAAAUGAGGCCUCCGGCGAUUUCAAAUACUGCCUCACUGUAUACAUUUAUAAAGCUAUUUGUUUUUAUAACCAUAAAAUGUUCGUGUCAGAGAGCUUGAUAACUGUUUAUAUCUUAAUGCUGUUUGUAUUUUAAUAGUUCAACUGGAAAAUUCAUGCUUUUAUAUCAAAAUCAGAUAUACUCGUGCAUGUAAAAAUAAACUAUGAAUAAAUC